CUCGAGUCUUUAGUCUCGGAAGUAAAGGCGUUGAAAGAGGACGCAGUUUUCGUUUCACCCGCGCGCGAACUACCUAUUCGGUCGCGAUCUGAACGUGUGCGCGUUGUUCUGGCGAAGUGUUUUGCGCGCUCGUUUGAUUCGGAUAUUCCAUCAGUUGGGCGGACGGGGAUCGAUAGAUCAAAGUUGUGUUACUUUUGCUUGGCGGUUACUGGAUCGCGUGCGUAUGACACGCUGUUGGUGAUAAAUUUAUGCAUUUUACGAUCGUUUGAUUGUAAGAAAUUUACGUAUUGAAGCUGUGGCUGAGGCAGUUAGCAGUGUAUGUGUCUUACAAUGAGGUUGUCGUCGUCAUCGCCGGUCCACCGGCUAUGGUUGAAACGGCUCCCAGUUGCCUCGGUUGGCCCCAUGUUGGCAUGUAUCUGUCUGCUGUUAGUACCGUUGGUAGCCGGAGUAGAAGAAACGGAAAUUGAUCUUAAAACUGCUAAUCAUGAGCAUUGCCUAGAUCAUGCAAUGGAUGCUAAUUACGGGCACAUUACAUCACAUUUGAUGCUUGCGAAGAAACACAAGCAAAACAAGUCACACCCCAAGAAGUAUGUCGAUGAAAAUGUAGAUGGAUUCCAUCAAGCAACGGAGAAGAAAUCGAUCUACGACAAGAAGUACUUCGAUUAUCUACCGGUGGAGCAGAAAGGCGCAUCCGAGCCAACAUACGAGGCUGGUUUCGUGAAACGAACCAACAGCAGGAGACUUCGAAGGGAUACUGAAGGCUUGACUGAAGGCGUUGUAGGGCAGCCAAGAACGAAACGACAAAGUUGGACCAUGUAUCAAAUACCCGCUUUCCAGACCAUACCGACAAUAAUCCAACCGGGCAGUAUUGCAUACAACCCCUACCACAGGCCAUCGUUGAACAAUCAUUACCUACCGCCACAAGCUGUGCGUCCAAUACCUUUGCCGGCGAACCCUAAUCAGAUACCGGAUAGAACGUACCUGCCUGUCAACACGCCAAGGCCACAACAACCUGCCGAUCCAACAGGUACGUUUGAUUUUGGAAAUCGUUUUGGACCAAAUGUGUUUGCAUUCGACACAGUGUACGAUACAAACGUUGACACCAAUUACAUUCUGUAUCGGGGGCCACGACCAAUCGGCGGUUUUCAAGGACUUCCAGCGCCACGACCCACACCGCCAACGGCUCGGCCUCCACCGCCUCCGCAGGCGCCAACAACGACAACUAGCACCACUUCCACCGUUACGACCACCACCCCACGGCCGGUGAUCCAGAACAACAGUGACGACGAGUUUGAUUGGGCCUCCCUGGGUCUCUCGCCGGACGCAGCAGUUGGAACGCGAAUAGGUGGCGAUAAUGGAAAUAACGGUAACAACAUCAAUCCGAGCCGCCGAGCUCCAUCAAAGUGCACGUGGGCCAUAGCAAACUGCUGUAGUCAAUAUUCCGACAAAAUCCGUUACCACUGCUUUGAGCAGAAUCAGUGCUUUGGAUCAUUCUGGGGUGAUAAUGUUUGUCGAACGUACUACAAGCUGGCCUUGACCGAGAUUGAGAACUACUACAAUGGAAUAUAAUUUUGCAAUUUAUGAAAUCAACAUAAACUCCAUUCUGUAUUAUAGUCGCAUGUAAAAUUUUUAACCGUGUUUGUCCGCAACCAAAAUUCAAUAAAUCGUGAUCAACCCCUGAAA